AUGGAAAGCUACUCGUGAACUCAGGAUUAUCAAAGAACUUGGGAAACGAUCACUAAAAAAACAGAGGAAGAAGAAAAAGAGGUCGAGCCUACUGAGCCUCAUUUCAGGCCUCUUCUAAGAAGGCUUGUUCUCAUCCUCGACUACUCAAAAUCAGCUACCAAAAAAGAUUUCAAGCCAAAUCGCCAUAAACUUAUGAGCCAAACCGCUGAAGAAUUUUAUUCAAAUUUCUAUUCACACAAUCCUCUAUCAAAUCUAAAAAUGAUAAUCGCCAAGUCUGGGAAAGCUUUCCAUAUCCCUGACGUAUCUCAAUUACAAUUAAGCGCAGAUGGGGAAUUUUCUUUACAAAAUUCGCUUGAAAUGGCUCUUUACUUGCUAGAAAGCACAGGAGAGCAUUGAAGCUCAGAAAUUUUGAUAAUUCAGAGCUCCCUAAAUACCUGUGACCCUGGAAAUAUAUGAGAAACAAUAGAAAAAGCCCAAAAAAGACUGGCAAAAAUCACUGUAAUUUCUCUAUGUCCAGAAGUUUUUGCUAUGAAAGAAGCUACCUUAAGAACUGGUGGGAAAUUUAUAUUAAUUGACAAAGCUGAAAAAUUAAAAGAAGAAUGGGAAAAUAUCGCAUAUACAGGGAAUCCUGCAUCUUAUGAGUCAUUAGUGCCUAUGGCUUUUCCAUACUGAAUAGCAACCCCUACACCUUGUGCAUGCCAUCUUAAAAUCAAUCAAGGAUAUAUUUGUCCAAUAUGCAAAUGCAAAGUGUGCACAUUGCCUAUUCAGUGCCCUGUCUGUAAUUUUAUAUUGGUCAGUACUCCUCAUCUAAAUAAGGCAGCGCUUUCUUUGACACCUUUACCUCCUUUUAACCCAGUUUUGACCUUAAAAUGCACAAGUUGUGAGAAAAGCAGUGUUUCACAGUGCCCAAAAUGCAGCACAAUCUAUUGCUCAGAUUGUGAAGAAUUUGUUAGGACUUCUCUAGGAAAAUGCUUAGGAUGCUCAUUUUAA